AUGAACUCUUCCUCCAAUGCGAACCAAAGCAGCUCUCCCCCGUUCUGCCUGCUGGGCGCCGUGGGUUACUCCCACAGCCUUGAUACCUGUAUGCUGGAGGUGGUCGUCAUCCUCUUCCUCACUGUGCUCAUCAUCGCCGGCAACCUGGUGGUGAUCUUCGUCUUCCACUGCGCCCCUCUGCUGCACCACCACACCACCAGCCACUUCAUCCAGACCAUGGCCUACGCUGACCUGCUGGUGGGCGUCAGCUGCCUGGUGCCCUCGCUCUCCCUCCUCCACUACCUCCGAGGCCUGAACGAGGAGCUCACCUGCAAGGCGUUCGGCUACAUGGUUUCUGUGCUGAAGAGCGUCUCCAUGGCGUCGCUGGCGUGCAUCAGCGUGGACCGCUACAUCGCCAUCACCCGCCCGCUGUCGUACUCCACGCUGGUGACGCCCUGUCGGCUGAGGGUGUGCAUCGUCCUGGUCUGGGUUUACUCCGCUUUGAUCUUCCUGCCGUCCUUCCUCGGCUGGGGGAAGCCGGGUUACCACGGGGACAUAUUUCAGUGGUGCGCAGACUCCUGGAAGACCAACCCGGGCUUCAGCACCUUCAUCGUCGCGCUGCUGUACGCGCCGGCGGCGCUCACCGUUUGCUUCACCUACGGGAGUAUAUUCAGGAUCUGCCGGCAGCACACGAGGGAGAUCACCCAGCGCCACGCCCGCUUCAGCUCGCAGGCAGAAGGCGACAAAGGCGAGCGGGGGGAGCGAUGCGAGGGCUGCCCGGACAAACGCUACGCCAUGGUGCUGUUCCGCAUCACCAGCGUCUUCUACGUGCUGUGGAUGCCGUACAUCCUCUACUUCCUCCUGGAGAGUGCUGGACUCUAUCACCAUAUGGUGGCGUCCUUCUUCACCACAUGGUUGGCGAUUAGCAACAGCUUCUGCAACUGUCUCAUCUACAGCCUCUCUAACAGCGUCUUCCGGAAAGGUCUCGGCCGCCUCUUUAGCCCAUUGUUUCCUUCCUGCCUCGGCUGCAAGGAUGCCAAAAAGGCCCCGGUUCCCGUCAGCCCGCGAUCAGACCCCCGAUGCCAAAUAUGA